GCAUGGGUGUGGAGCCUUUUUUUCCUGAGCUGCUUAUAUACAUGUUAUUUCAUAUAUGUUGUGUGUGUUUUUAAGUGUAUGUAUAUAUGUCUCUGAGUCGCAGCAUCUCUGUGAGUGCGUAAGCGAGCGUGCGUAAAGACAGACAUACUCGAGCGCUUCAUUUGGACACACCGGGGGACUCCUGCGCGCAACAAGAGCCCCCCAUGGGUGCAAUAGUGUAAGCGCAGGCGGCGGUGAUUGGCCAGCGGUUGAUCAGAUGGUACACUUCCCCUCUGUAUUCAGUGGCACCUCACAACCCCCCCUCUCAGCAAAAACCAAAUCUCCGAUAAAGUAAUGGCAAAACCACUUGGACUAUAAAAGACAACAAAUCAUAUUCCUCCGGAGUAUAUACACCCCGUUGUCCACCCAAUGAGUUCCUAUUUUGUUAACUCAACUUUUCCCGUGUCUCUACCGGGAGGACAGGACUCUCUCCUGGGCCAGAUACCGCUAUAUUCCUCGGGAUACACUGAUCCGUUAAGACACUACUCCAACGCGGCCACAUAUGGAGCAGCCAACAUGCAGGAGAAGGUUUACCCGGCGUCCUACUACCAACAGACGGGCGCAGCGGCCGCGGCCAUCUACGGCCGGGCCAGCGGCGGAGCCACCUGCGACUACAAUCCGGUCGGGACUUUCUACAAGGACGCGGAUGGCUCGUGCGCUUUCUCGAGCCGCGACGACCAGCCGCUGUUCGUCACGCAGGAGCACCAGCAGCGCAAAUCUGAAUGUCCGGAGCAGGCUGUCAGUAUGAGCAGCAGCAUCGACGACAAGUCCUCCACACUCAUCUACCCGUGGAUGCAGAGGAUGAACGCCUGCUCCGCCGAUACACCACUACAGAUUUUGAGUGCAGUUUCAGGCCCAUUCGGCAGCAGUGGCCGCAGGGGCCGACAGACCUACACCCGCUACCAGACUCUGGAGCUGGAGAAGGAGUUCCACUUCAACCGCUACCUGACCAGGAGGCGCCGGAUAGAGAUCUCCCACGCGCUGUGUCUGACGGAGAGACAGAUCAAAAUCUGGUUUCAGAACCGCAGGAUGAAGUGGAAAAAGGAGAACAAACUCCUCAACCCCUCAAAGACACCCGAGGAGGAGGAGCAGGCGGAGAAAAAGAGCUAAAAAAGGACACAUAUUGUAUGCUCAAUAAAUAAAUAAAUCAAUGAAUAAAUGUAUUAUUUCUUUGUAGAUAAAGUGCUGCAAAACCACCCCAUGUUAGAGACGUGUAGAGUGAUAGAACUUCAAGUAUCUGCACGGUAAUAAUGUCUGCAUUAGAUUUAAAAUCAGGUCCUCCUCUGUUUGUCCUUGUGCUCGUGUUCUUUAUUUAGGGGACUAUGCAAAAAUCCGCCAAAAUGUAAAUAAUUUGUAGUGUUUGUUUUAGUUUGGACAAUGUUGUUACCUCAUGACCAUAGGCCUACUGAGUUUUCUUAUUGUUAUUCCCCUCAUGCCAUUAAAAAGAAAGGAGGCUUCGCCCUUCACUGUACAUUCUGUGGUGUAGUUGUUCUAUAAUAGUCUAUAGACUUGUCUUCAGCUGUGCCAUCGACACUUAAAAAUUUGUACAGAUGUUCCAUGUUAUUUAUUGUUGUUCACUUGUGUUCAGUGCACAUCUGGAUAUUGUGUGCAAUAUUUUUGUUUAGAAAAAUUGUACAUAAAAAAAAUAAACGCUUUUUGAUGUAUAAUGGGAAAUUCUUGUGGUGUCAUUCAUGCUCGGGAAAGAAAUGAAAAAUUAAAUAAUAAUUUGUUAUAUUAUCAUUAUUUGCUAAUAUCAGAUUAUACUGGGGCUGCGUCUGGAAUCACAAUGAGCUCAUAUAUUCGCAUAAAAGCAGCGUAAAGAUUAAAUUUAAUUUUACUUUGACACACAGCACGUUAAACUGCCAACACUGCUGCUGAUAAGUCUCUGUUAUGUGUUACCUGAGCCUGUUUGUGGCCUGUU